CCGCGCGCGCGCAACAACGCGUUCGGCAUCGAUGAAGGAUUAUUCGUGCGCUCGUCCGCGUCGACGUCGACGCGAACGACGCGCGAGACGACGUCGUGGGCCACGGAUGCGUGGACGGUGGACGCCGCCGCCACCGCGCGCGGGGUGGACGCCUCGGCACGCGCGUGGGGCGCGGCGGCGGAGCGGGCGUACGGGGAAUUCGUGCGCGAGGCGAGACGGUGGACGUCGUACGAUCCGGAGUCGCCGAACGGGCAGAGACCGCCGUGGGAGGAGUCGCUGGAGACGGCGAUUCGCGAGGGACCGUGGCCGUGUUGGGACUCGAACAUCCCGGAGAGCGAUUUCGUGGAUGAACCGACGUUUACCUCGUUCGCGAGCGCGCCGGAGAAGUAUGAUCCGUUUAAGGAGCGAGUGAUGGCGCACAAGGCGAGAGUGCGAAGGGAGAAUGUGGAGAAGAUGAAGAAGACGCGAGAGGAGGUCAAGGCGCAGCGCUUCAUGUCCUUGGCCGAGGACGUCAGGCUGAAGAAUAAGCCGGAGGACGACGAGAGCGCGUGGGAUCACGAGAAGAUUGUCGAUUUAAUCAAUUUCCCCGAUGAUAUUCGGGCGAAGAUGAUGAACUGUAGCGUGGAGAUAUAUGACCCACGCGUGCCGUACGACUUUUCCGGCAUGGGCGCGCCGCCGCCGACGACGGAGGAAUUUUUGGAGUCGAUCGGCCGGUUGCAGCCGGAGGGAGAGUCCGAUCUCGAUCGCGUGGCAAAGAUCGCUGCCAAGUACGGGUCCAAGGUUCCCGAACUCGUCGAGGAGGAUCCCGCGGCGAUUCUCCAGACUCGCUCGGACUACGAGCUGCAGAGCGCAAUGGACAUCGGCGACGACGGGGAAAUCGCUUCGGAAGAAAUUUCCGAUCUCGUCGACAGCGGAGACGACUGA